AUGGAACAGAGGCGUGCUUAUUUAUGGACGCGCAUUAUGAUAAUGGAGGGACGUUGCGAGGUUUCCCUCAGAGACCGCAGUACGCCCGCGCGAGUAAGAGAUAGCGGGAUAGAUGAGACGCACAGCAUCUCGCUGGACCAGCCGAGCUCAGCUCAGGGACGGCCCACGGCACAAGUAUUACUUAUUAAACCCAAGUUAGAUUGA